AAUGCAACAUUGAGUUACCUGAAACUCUAGGUGUUUGACUCCUCCCACCUGUCGCUGGCCCCGCCCCCUUCACUCACGCAGUAUCUUCCAGGAAGGAAAGCCGGAGCAGCAGAGAGGCUGGCUCGAGUCUGCUGUUUGUGGCUACAGGAAAGGAUAAGGUGUUUCUUCACUUUCAGCUGUCUUUAACUCUUUUGUUUGGGCUGAAACACAAACAACAUGCAGACGGCCGAAUACCGAAUCGUCCUGCCCAUUUCAGUGGAGGAGUACCAGGUCGGUCAGCUGUAUGCAGUAGCGGAGGCCAGUAAGAACGAGACGGGUGGAGGAGAAGGUGUCGAGGUGUUGGAAAACAGCCCAUAUGAUGAAAAUGGAGAGAAGGGACAGUACACCCACAAGAUCUACCACCUGGACAGUAAAGUACCAAGUUUGAUUCGGUUCUUAGCUCCUCAAGGUGCUCUUGAAAUUCAUGAAAAGGCCUGGAACGCAUACCCGUACUGUCGAACAGUUCUUUCAAAUGCCUGGAUGAAAGAGUUUAUGAUCAAGAUUGAGACAUGGCACAAGCCUGAUUUUGGGGAACAGGAAAAUGUCCAUGGAUUACCACAAAAUGAAUGGGACAAAGUUAAAAUAGUUAACAUUGACAUUGCUGACAGAAGUGCCAUACCUUCAAAGGACUACAAAGAAGAGUUCGAUCCAGCCUUGUUUAAGUCAGAGAAGACUGGCCGAGGGCCCUUGGGACCUGACUGGAAGAAAGAACUUGCUAACAACCCCAACUGUCCACACAUGUGUGCCUACAAAUUGGUCUCCGUUAGAUUCAAGUGGGCCGGACUCCAAAAUAAAAUUGAAAGCCUAAUUCACAAGAUGGAGAGGCAGUUGUUCGCAAUCUUCCACAGACAGGUGUUCUGCUGGAUCGACAAGUGGAUUGAUCUGACAAUGGAGGACAUACGGCGUAUGGAGGAGGAGACAAAGAAGGAGCUGGAUCAGAUGAGACACAAUGAUGAGGCCAAAGGCAUGACAGCCAACAGCUGAGGCUGGUGAGUGUUGACACUCAGUCGGCUGACCUUCGAUGCUGGACUUCUCGGAGCUCGAUAGGCAUGAUCAAAGAUACUACACUCACCUGUGUACCCUAAUAAAAUGUGCUCUUGAUAAGAGCUUAUUGAUGUAAGUCCUGUGUUUGUAUUUAUGCACUACAUUGGUGGAGCCAGUUGUAGGGUUACAAUGUCCUUGCUCAUGCUUAUUUAGUCCUUCUUUACUUUGAAAUAUUGUUCAACAGGUGUUGGUCCUCUCUUAGUCAACCAUGUCAACCUGUACACUUAAUCUUUUUAAAUGACAUUGAUUCAUUUUUCCCUUGAUUGAAUAUUUUCCUUUUCUUUGCUAUGGUUGACAUUCUAGAGCAGUGUUUUUAUUCUAAAAGUGUUACGGUAAACAGGUUCUGGCGCCACCUUGUUUAUCAUUUGGACACAUCAGUGGUAGUAGCUGGACUGCAGAAGACAACAAAUGGAGAAUUUCUCUACUUACCUACAGGGAAUUGCCAGCUCCCAGAAUAAAUGUAAACACUUUUUUUUUCUUUCUUCUGUAUUAUCCCUUUCAGUAAAUGUCUUUUGUAUUUUCCACAUCAUGUGGAAUCAUCAUCUGCACUCUCUGGCUGAUACUGUAUGUCUUCACAGUCACAGUUAGUGCAUUGUGGAUGUCCUAUUUAUAUCAUCACAAACAACCACAUCAGAGACAUUUAACAUUCCUUUAAAUCAGUUCAAACUUCUCUGAAUGUGAAUCAUGUUGGAUUCAGAGAUGCCAACUGCUGUUUUUUUUUUUUUUUUUUUUUUUAUAGUAUGAUGUCACAAUUUUUGCCUUGUCAAAUAAAAAUUCCUGGAUUUUAUUAUAAUGACUUUAUCUAAUUAUGUAGUAUAUUAAAGAUUAAGACAAUGGAUGUCUUUGGUGCUUCAGUCUUACAUACGCAGCCUCCUCAACGCCUCUGGUCCUGGAGAGGCCCUGUAUGUGAGGUUGUAAACUGAGGCCUUGGUUAUGAUAUUAAAUAAUUUAAAUAGUUAUAAAUAAAACUUGCGUCCUCAGCAUUCAACAAACCUACUUCAAAGACUAUAUUGUUGUUUAGGCUCAUUUUUUAAUUGUAAUUAUUUUUCACUGGUGUUAACAUUGAUCAUGUCAUACACUGAUCAGUCUCCAAAUAUAUAUAUAAAAAAAUCACAAUGUGAAGUUUUGAUCUUUAGCAAAAUCUUAGGAAUUAGUUUCCUUUGAUCCUCUGAAGUCUGAAUUCUUUUAAAUAAAGGUUUUCCUAUAAAAGUUUUAAACCAUAAAUCCUUUAAGAGAUCCUCUGUUUCAUUGCAGGUGCAUUUAGAAUAUGUUUCCUGCCUUUCUUCACCCAGUCCUUAUGGUUGUAGGUUGGUAGUUUUGGUGAAGUAUAUAAUGUGAAAUCAUUUAAACAACAUUUAGGCCCUUGUACCUGAACGUAUCGAUUGUUGUGCUCAUUACUUUAAGACAAGAAAUUAUAUACACAAUAAUAUAAAGUUAUAUACUGUCAUAAUAUACAGGAAACUUCAGACGACUGUUUUCCGAGAUUAAUUAUUAUUAUAUAAUUUUAAAUAAAUUUUAAGUAUUUUACGAGGAAAUUCUCGCUGUAUUUCACACGUUUUUAUUGGUGGAAAUUCCAACAACAAUUGUUAAUCGGGAUACGCCAUGUUUCAAUGAGGGAGUGCAUUUAUUUUGCAAAGAUCCCGUAGAGCCUCGUUUUAACGUCUCGCGAGAAGAUGGUUUUAUUUUGAACGCAUGUGGGAAAUACUUUCCCGGAAGAGGCGGGGCGAACACUGCACCUACCACUUGUACACAAGCCACUUUGAUGUUUAUUCUUUGAUGUCGACUGUAUGUUUCUAGGAUAUGUAAGCGAGCAACAACAGGUAGCUUGUACGGCAGCUAACCAUUACAUUUAGUUUCUUGGUUUGACUCAACGAGUGUUUAAAAAACUGCGACCAGUCUCGCAGCGCGAGAAGUCGAUGGUCUAACGAUAUGCACUUCACCUGGUUAGCUAACAGAUGUAGCAAUGCAGGUAUAGAGUAGACGGACUAAACAUCAUGUUG